AUGCUUUGUCCAAAGUGUGGUAAAACGUUAUUGGCGCGCGAAGGCAUUCUUCAAGCUGGUCGUAAGUAUCAUCGACAUUGUUGGACUUGUGCACAAUGCUCAAAUCCAUUAACUUUGUGGGUUCGUCAACCACUCAUACCCGAUGAAUAUCUUUGUAAUAUUUGUCACAUUAAAAAGAAUGGAUUGAGAGAAGGUAUGAUUUUUGUUAAUUGGAAAAAACAAACAGAUUCAAAUAUAUCAUUAAAUAAACAGUAA